CCGGGGGGUGACACCGGGGGGUAACAGGAGGCACCCUAAGUGACACCGGAGGGGGACGGGCAGCACCGGGGCUGACACCGGAGGGGCACGGGCAGGACCGGGGUGUGACGGGGACCACCUGAGGAGCACGGGCGGCACCGGGGGGUGACACCGGGGGGUAACGAGCAAGACCGGGGAUGACACCGGGGGAGAACGAGCAGCACCGGGGGUGACACCGGAGAGGAACGGGGAGGAGUGAAGGUGACACGGGAGGAGCACCGGGCUGUGCCGGGCAGCACCGGGCGGGGAGCGGCGCUAGGACCCGGCGCGGCGGGGCCCGCCCGGAUUCCAGGCUGGCUCCCGGUGUGACGUCACGCCCGGUCCCGGCCCCUCGCGCUCGGGAAAAUGCUGCUCUCGGUGCCGCCGCGCUCGGGGCUCCCCGCCUUCGCCUACAACAAGGGCGGCAAGAAGCAGCCCUAUGUGCCCCCGGCCCAGCCCCUGGGCCCCCCCAGCCCCAGCCCGGCCGCGGGGACCCCAGACCAGCUCAGCAAGACCAACCUCUACAUCCGGGGGCUGCACCCCGGCACCACCGACCAGGACCUGGUCAAGCUCUGCCAGCCCUAUGGGAAGAUUGUCUCCACCAAAGCCAUCCUGGAUAAAACAACCAACAAGUGCAAAGGUUUGGGGGGACACUGA